AAAAGUACGUUUAGGUGGGACAGUCCCAAAAAAUCAAGGUUAACCCAAAUAUAAAAAUCUUAAUCAUGGUUCGUACAAAAACUUAAAGCGUAUAAUACCUUUCACUUAGCAAACGCUUGGACAGUGCCGCGGUGGACAUUAAGUUUAUCUCGAGAAUCUUAUCCGCACACACCGGCUUUGAAAACAACUCUAUUAUAACCACCUUUUGCAUUUAUUUGAACUAAGAUUAUUCCUAUUGAACUUGCAUGAUUGUUCAUUCUAUGUAAAGACUCGGACCGAUGUAGUUAAGUGCGUUAUAGUUAAAGGACAGCAUAAAACAAAAAUACGUUUUUAUUCGUAUUAAGUUGUUAACAAGUUUCCUGCUAAUUUGGGACAAUUUAUCGGGCACAUGAGUUUACAGAAUGAAAUUUGGACGUUGUUUGUUUAUCUUGGUUAUAACAAUGAGCGAAAAGAAUUCAGCACAAAAUUUACGAUUGGAGACAUGGAUGAGCGAUUUACCACCACAGUUGAAGGAUGUUCCGUUGAUAUACCUUGCAAUACCAGGUAGCCAUGAUUCAAUGACAUAUGGCAUCACCAGAUCCAGCGGGCUUGCACCAGAUGCAGAGCCAAUUCUUCAUCGAUUGUACCCAUUGUUCCGAGGUACGAUCUUACGAUGGACCAUAACACAAGCCAUUGACACCUGGCAACAACUACUUAUUGGCAUUAGGUACUUGGACUUAAGAUUAGCUACCAAAGAGGGAGAAGAAAAUUUUUACUUCACACAUGGAGUAUAUGCAGAUGAAAUAACUAAAGCUUUGAAGCAAGUUAAGGAUUUCGUUGACACACAUCCAGGAGAGGUGGUUAUAUUAGACUGUCAACAUUUCUAUGGGUUCAAAGCGGAGGACCAUCGGAGACUGAUGCAGAUGUUGCUCAACAUGUACGGACCGCAGUUAGUUCCGAGGCAGUUGGACUUGAGGACUAUUACGCUUAACUCGUUGAGUAGAUUGAAGCAGCAGAUCGUAAUAGUGUACCGGCAUCAAUCAGUGUAUGCCACGAGCGAGUUCUGGCAGCCGCAGAUGUUACCUUCACCAUGGCCGCGCCAGGACAAGAUCUCCGGUCUCAUACGCUUCCUAGAGAACGUGUGCAGACACCCUAGCAUGGGAUUUGUUCACCAAGCAGUACUUACUCCUACACCAGCUUUUAUUAUACUCAGAUGGACAUCAAACCUCCGCGAUAAAUGCGCAGCGCCAGUAAUAAAAGACGUGCUACCGAAACUAACAGAGUUCUCCCCGGGCCCGCCCGCGCCCGACAACGGCGCCGGCGCACGCGCGCCCGUCAACGUCGUCAUAGCAGACUUCGUCGAUCUCAACGACGCUUUGUUCUCCAAAACAAUCAUUCAGCUCAACAUGAAGUUGUUAGAAAUGUAUAAAUAACGGGUAAUCAAAGUUUUGUGAUAUUUUAUUGAGUUAGCAGUUCAAGGUUUCCGAUUCACGUGAAAUAUUAUAGUGGGCCUGCAGCAUUUGGAGGAUUAAAACAUAGAUACCUAAGUUAAGGCGUUAGGAGAAGGCCCCCAAUUAUCCCCACUUAAAAUACAUGGUGAUUUUAAUAUGGUGUUCGAGGAGAUGCCUGCCUCGACGGUCGGCUUCUGUUACAUCUUAUUGUGUUCUAUGUUUACGUAAAUAGUAUAGUUUAUCAAUCAGUUAUGUACCUGUUUUAUCUGUUUUUUUUUUUUUACUAUAUUGUUUCUAUGGAAUAGUUUAUGUGAAUGUGACGUCAUAACCCAAAUGUAACGUUACAAGAAGUUACACACGCCUGUGAUAAUUGCAUAAUCAAUGUUUUCGCGUGCCUUAUGUAUGUUUUUGAUGUACACAAAUGAAUUAUGAAAAGCAGGAAAAUAAAACGUAUCCAAAAACGAA